AUGGCCGUCGCAUUCCCCACCGCAAUGUGCGGAGCUCCUAGCGCAGCUCCCUGCUAUGGCUCGUCUUUUCUCCCCGGAUUCAACCCCUCCUCCAGCCGCUCUUCCUCGCGAACCAUUUUCAUCCUCAACUCUCCCCUCUCGCUCCCCCUCCUCCCGCGAAUUCCGCGACAUGGAGCUCGCCACCGGUAUGCAGCAGCGGGGUACCGCACGUGUCUGGUGGUGCAGUCUCAGGACAGAGUGGCCGACAGGCUGCUGGGCCUACGCCUCACGACCUCGCCCCAACCCGUGCCUGUGCCUACUCCUGCUGGUGAUGCCUCGCAGCAGCCACUGCUUUGUGCUCUUCGUGUGGAAACCACCAAGCUGCUACUGGCGCCUCUUGAGAUCAUAAAGAAGGCGGAUGAGCGGCUGGGCAUCACACAAGGCGCACUGGCAGAGGUUUUUGGCGAGGAGCUGUCCGUCCUGCCAGGCAUGGACGCCGUCAUGGCAGUCGCAGUGCUGGAGCGCAUCGCUCGUCCAGCUGGCAGCCUCCUGGCCUUUGCCACGUCAUCAGGGCCGCGGUCCACGUCAGCGGGGAAGAAAGGAGCGGCAGCGGGGGAGUGGGUGUACCCGUGGGGGGAGGAGGAGGCGGAGGUGGUGGUGUUUGAUGGACCCACCACGUGGGAGGUGCUGCGCAUGCUGGCCGGCCCAGAGAAAGCCAGGUGGUACCUGAGGAGGUUCCGAGCGCUGGCAGAGCGGACAGACAUCGGCCGGGUGGCUCUGCCUUCAGUGGCUCGCCUGCUGGACUCCAUUGUGGGCUCCUCCAAAGGAGGGGGUGGCGGUGCUGGUGGGGGUGGGGAGGACGAGCAGCGCAGCACGGCGGAGAUAUGGGAGAAGCUCGACUCCUUCCUCUCUAAAGCCGUCUCAGCCUUCGCCGACCCAUACCGCACGUCCGUCUUCCUAUUGGCCGACGCAGCGAGCCACUCAUCAGUCGACACGUGUCGGCGCAUCUGGGGCUGCGCAGUGCAAGCAGGCGUGUCCCCUUCAGGCGUCUUCCUUCUCCCAUCAGACGUACCAUCCGGCGGGCUGGCAGAAAAGUUUUCUCCGCUGCCCGUGGCGGAGCUGCCCGUGGUGUCAGAGGAGGCACCGGCGGCUGUAGCGGCCGCGGCCGGGCAGAUGAGCGAGGGAGCCGUGGCGGUUAUGAACGGGGAAGGUGCGGGGAAGGCUCCUCCGGCCGUGGAUGUGGACGUGGCGGCGUGCACGGUUCGUCUGUUUCUGCCGGGAUUCGACAAGCAAGAGGUCAAGCUGCAACAGAGGAAGGUCACACACACUCCUCCGGCGGUGGAUGUGGAUGUGGCGGCGUGCACGGUUCGUCUGUUUCUGCCUGGCUUUGAUAAGCAGGAGGUCAAGCUGCAACAGUGGAAGGGCGGGGCAGAGCUGCUGGUGGAGGCGGGGGACCAGAGGUGGUGUGUGGAGCUGCCCCGAGCCAUUGAGGGGACGUUGACACACAUAUUGUCCCAUAUUCCCCCUCCUCCCCUUCCUCAAUCCCACCCAUCCACAGUGGAAGGGCGGGGCAGAGCUGCUGGUGGAGGCGGGGGACCAGAGGAGGUGUGUGGAGCUGCCUCGAGCCAUUCAGGGGAAGAUAUCGAAUCGCAUCUCCCUAUUCGGCAAAUUAUGGCACGCAGUGGUGCUCCUGCUGUGAUCCUCAUAGCACUCCUCGUCACAGUGCUUCUCCCGCAAGGAAAUGAAGCAAGGUUCCUUCCGACAACCCGCCUUCCGACCAACCUCAAGCCAUCCGCAGCAGCAGCCAAAGCAGCCGCCGCGGCCUCAGCAGCUGCCGCAGCCGCCGCAGCCGCCGCGAAAUCAGCCGCCGCAGCAGCCCCGAACGUAAACCUUAGCCCCGCAUCUCUCAACUCUUCUAUCUCCGAUUUCGUGACGUCACUCAACGAAAGCAUCAACAACUUGGUCGCAAGCCUCAACAGCAGCGCCAUUGCCACAGAGGCCGCGCUAAAGGCGCAGGCAGCCGCGUUGAACGCCAGCCUCUCCGCGCUUAGCGACAGCCUCGCGCACCUCAACUUCACGUUCACUAGAGCGAAUAUUUCGUUAGAGGAGCCAGUGGCGUCAGAUUCAUCACUAGCACCACUGCUGACGGCCCUGAAGUCUCAGCUUUCGGCGCUCGACUCGAAGCUGUCUGCCGAGGGCUUGAAGACGAGCUUCGACGCGCUCGCGAAGAACCUUGCGGGCUUCGCGACAACGGGGUCCGCGGGGGCGCUACCCCUCUCGACGGUGGCGGCUUCUGGCGUGAAUGUUUCGCCAAGCGCGAGUGCUGCAGCGGCCAGCGUGAAUGCCGCGGACUUGGCGAAGCAGAUGACAGAUCUGACGCAGCGGCUCGCGGGGAUCAACGGGAAUGUCAACGCGUUUGCUGGGAUGGUGAACGUUGUUGCCAGCGGGGUUGCUAACGGCGUGAACGGGGUUCUCAAUGGUGAUGUGGACGGCAGCGUGGUGGCGAAUGUCGCAAAUCUUCUGCCUCAGCAGGCGGGCAUGCUGCGUGCCGUGCUGACGUCAUGCAACGGCCUACUGUCUCUCCAGGCCGGCGCUGCUGACAUUCAGAUCCUCAAGAUUGGCUCGGACUAUCUGGUGACAUAUUACCUUUACGUAGCGGGAGUGACCAAGGCCCCAGACUCUCAAGCCAUUUUCAAGGGCAACCCUUGCAACACUGCUGCCACGGUGCCCCUCGCCCUGCCUGGCACGUGGGUGCCCAUGAGCCCUGUGUCCUGGUCGCUGGCCAAUGUCGUCAGGACAUCUGCCGCUGACGUGGCUGAUCUGUUGGCAUCGCUCCAGACGCACUCGACGAUCAUCAUGGCACGCACUGCAGCUCCAUCCACGCUGGGACUUGUCGUGGUCCUCACAGUGCUUUUGGCAACACAACGAGCCGAAGCAGGCCGGUUUCUAGUACCCAGCGCCGGCAAUCUUCCCACCAAUCGCCUUCCACCCGGUUUAAAUUCAGCCGUCGCGGCAGCAGCCGCAGCAGCCAAAAAACCCACAGCGACGCUCAGUUCGACGCUCUCGGGCCUCCAGUCGUCCCUCAGCGGCCAGAUCACAUCUCUCGACGCGCUUCUCAAGACAUCGCUCGAUAAAAUCUCGGCGGCUCUCAAAAGCAGCCCGUCAGCUGCAGACGAGGCGCUCCAGGCGCAGAUAUCCGCGCUAAAGGCCAACGUCGCUGCUUUAAACGAGAUCCUCGUCAAUCUGAACGCGCUGAACAUCUCAGGAUCGGAUUUGAACGUCACGGAUCUGAUUUCUUCCCAGAUCUCCGGAAUCCGAUCCAACAUCUCCUCCAUCAGCGCCGGCAUCGCCGCUCUGAACAAGGGCCUGGCCGGGAUAAUUGGCUCGGGCGUAGGCUCGGGCUCAGGCUUGGGCGCAGGAUUGGCGGGCGCGUUGCGUCCAGCAGCCGGGGCGGCUUCCGCGAGUGGGAGCGCGGCGAUCCGCACGGCGGUGAGGCAGCGGAUGGCGGCUGUGACGCAGCGAGUGGCGGGGCUCAACGGGAACGUGUCCGCGCUCGUGGGGAUGGUGACUGACUUGCACAGCGCGCUGAGCGGCGCCUUGGACAACGCUUUGAACAGCGCUCUGAAUGGCGGCGCUUUGAACGGCGCUCUCAACGGCGCUUUGAACGGCGGCGCUUUGAACGACGCUCUGAAUGGGGGUUUGAACGGCGGCGGUGUGAGCGGCGGUGUGGUGGGCAAUCUCGCGAAUCUUCUGCCCCAGCAGGCGGGCAUGCUGCGUGCCGUGCUGACGUCAUGCAACGGCCUGUUGUCUCUCCAGGCCGGCGCUGCUGACAUCCAGAUCCUCAAAAU